AUGUCCACGUCGACUGUUCUCAGUGCCUUCUCCCAGCCGUGGUGGUGGAGUUCCUCCAGCCACUUAACCACCGUCGUUGCUGCCUUAUCAGUCUCAUUUGGAGCUAUAGUGGCCCUAACGGUGGUGCGUUAUGUGAACCACCCCCUCCGCAAACUCCUCCCUGGACCACCGCCAACCAACUACCUCUUGGGCAACGCACUGCAAACACGACGCAGCAUUGCCACGUGGCAGUCCACGACUGACUACCCCGAACCGUACUUGUCUUGGUUGAACCAGUAUGGGUCGGCGGUGUACUACCGGGAACUGUUCACCCAUACGGUCAUGUUGUCGGACCCCAAGGCCCUGCAGCAUGUGCUAGUGACCCACGCCUCCAACUACCCCCGACACCCCAUCAUUCGAUCAUAUUUGGGGGACAUUGUGAUGGGCGAGGGGCUUGUGAGCUCGGAAGGAGCCAAGCACGACGCCCAGCGCAAGAUGCUGAAUCCGCACUUCACUGCCGCCCAAGUCAAAGGGUUUGUCAAAGUGUUUGAGCAACUCGCCACGCGUUGCUGCGCCACUAUAUUGGAGGCAGCUGCCACAGCCCACACACGACUUGACAUGGCCUCAGUGCUGCAAACGCUGACGCUGGAGAUCAUUGGUCAAGUGGCGUUCGGUUUUGACUUUCACGAGCACCCGGAAGCGCUGGGCGCGUACCAGCAGCUGCAGCUGGCGCCCAGUCCGCUCCUGCUCAUCGGGAUGUUUUCCGUUCCCGGGUUUAUCCACUGGCCACUUCCACCUCUGCGACGCCGUCGGGCGGCGAAAAAUGUGCUCGCGACUGUCAUCUCGGACGUGAUCGAGCACAAGCUGGCCAGUGUCAACCCAAGCAGCCACGAUGACAACCACCAAGACCUGCUGGAUCGCAUCCUCACUGACCCAACCUCCACGACCAACCACGACGCGGUCACGCAUGUGAUGACGUUCAUGACCGCUGGACACGAAACCACCAGUUCAUCCCUGGCAUGGGUACUGGUGGAACUCGCAGCGAGACCUCUGGUCGUGGCCAGAAUUCGCCAGGAAGUGCACACUCUGACCAGCGUCUCAGACCAUGCGACGACGUCCCCACUUGCGACGUGGGAGGGCAUUCAUUCGCUCAAGUAUACGCAGGCCGUAAUCCAAGAAACCAUGCGACUGCACAGUGUGUUCUUUCAAUUGAUGCGACGACUAACCGAACAAGAUGACAACGUUCCGUUAUGUGACGGGGCGACUUUGCCCCUGCCAAAGGGUACGUCAAUUAACGUGUUGACGUCGGCCAUGCACUUGAACCCCAAGUCCUGGGCAAACCCAACGGAGUUUACGCCGGAGAGAUUCAUGGAAGACACGCCGGAGUGGGCGGCAGACGCAGCCCUCCGACAGUCGAAAUCCCACGCGUUCGUGUACAUGCCGUUCAGCAUCGGGAGCAAAAACUGCAUCGGCCACCGGUUUGCGAUCGCAGAGUUGCUCGUGAUCGUCGCCACGUUCGUCCAGAACUUUGACUUUGCACUCACGGACAAGGCCAACGUACGACACUUGUACAACGCCAUGACAGUCGUGCCGGCAAAUUUGGAAAUGAUAGUGUCCCGCACCCCACAGUCAGUUGACGAAUAAAAGCACUUACAUAUAUAUGCA